UUUGAUCUAACGUUGUCUGGUUCCGCUUGUCCGCGGGAGGACCACGGCUCAAAACAUUUUGGUUUCGAAUUGCUUUUAAGUCCCGGAGUGGACUGUUUUAUCUGAUGGUAGACCUACAGCUUGGGAUAUCGAAUAGGCCCGCUCCAGACGACCCUACCUGACUUGUGUGUCGUCUCGACGCCAGUCCCUACCCCCUGUCUUCACUCCCUCCCUGCCCCAAACCGUCUCACCAACACCAAGACGCCAGAACUACUUUCCACUUGUCGGAUAAGACCCCCCCCCACUCCGUCUAAGCAGGAAGAACGUGCGAUGUUCUUUGGAUAACCAAACAGGCGAGGCGACAAUUGGGCGAUAAUGAAGUCCUCUACAAUCCACUCUACAGCCCUAUUGACUUGGAGGGGAUUUGCACAAGCUGAUGUACAUCAGUGUACUUAAACAGUAUUACUCCUUCUACUCCAGCAGAUUAUUGUAGACAGAGAAGCGGUUCGUGGGUGUGAGAAGAUCGGCUGGUGGGUGAGAUAUCGCCGGGUUUGGACGGACAGGACCGGGCUAUCUGGGCGGGUGGAGCUGACAAGAACAAGCCUGCCUUUUAGCGGUGAUUUACGAUGUGGAACACUGUGGACACUCCGCAGGUCUACCGCUCCCGUGACACGACCCGAGACAACGGCGACGCGCACGCGGGCCUGGCGCCACCACGGACAAGCCACCCAGAACAACAAGGCCGUCUACCCCCCUUCAGCCACAUGAUGCUCCCAAGCCCAGUCAACUCCACGCCUUUCUCCGUGAAAGACAUCCUCAACCUAGCGGACACCGGCUUCGACGACUCGGAGUCGGGAGGCCUGCCGUCCCCGGAGGACACCAUGCUCGCCACGGCACAACAGAACAACCACGUCCGCUGUGAACAACUGACGCUCGGGUCCACUACACACCACGGGAUCUGCGCUACUACUGCUGCCAUGCUGACUUCUACACAGAAACAGUGCAUGCAAGCCGGCAACAUAGACAGAGCAUGUGAACCAGAUAAUAUGGGACUUUUAAAGAAAGACGGCCGAAAGGACGACUCCGAUGACGAGCCACCGAAGAUUCCCCCGCAGGCCCAGCGGCAGAGACAGCGGCGGAAGCCGAGGGUUCUGUUCUCGCAGGCGCAGGUGUUCGAGCUCGAGCGGAGGUUCAAACAGCAGCGGUACCUGUCCGCACCCGAACGAGAACAGCUGGCUCAGAUGCUCAAACUCACGUCGACGCAGGUGAAAAUCUGGUUUCAGAACCGGCGGUACAAGUGUAAGCGUCAGCGGACGGACAAGACCCUGGAGUUGACGCACCCUCCGCCUCGCCGCGUCGCCGUGCCGGUGUUAGUACGGGACGGCAAGCCCUGUCAGAUGACGCCGCCGCCGUACAGCGCGCCCUACAACGUCAGCGUCAACCCCUACGGCUAUAACAUGAACGUUCACGGGACAUACACCUCCAACAACUUCUACUCUGGAUAUAGUACAAACUAUACAACUUACAACGCGACCAUACCGCCCGUACAAACUGUUACAACCAUGCAGCCCCCGCCAUAUAGUCUUCAACCUGGGGUACAUCAAGGGAUCCGAGCAUGGUGACUGUCAAACACACAACUUCACAUCCCACCACUGUUGCAACCCGUUUUACAGAGGGACCCACCUCUGCACAGCUCGGACUCCUACAAAAACUCGCGCCAGGACGUUUGACUGACAGAAAAUGUUGUUUCGUGUUGCUGCUGAGGAAAAAACAAAACGUCGUCUGAUUUCUUGAGAGGGAAAAUCGCCUGUGACCAGAUGAGAGACUUGAACUCGUAAGUGCCAAAAGGGCCAUCAUGAUCAUACUAUCGUAUAUAAGGUCUAACCUCAAGUUCAGGCGUACCAUAUGUACUUUGUGCUAUUUAUUUCCUACUUAAAAGUAUAAGAUAUUAUUUGUUACAGCAUAGGGCCUACAGUAGAUUUCAGGGACUUAUUGUGUAUAUAAUUUUGCAGAGACAUGACACACUAAAGCAGGGUUGUUUUCUGAGGCGGUUAAAGAAGAUUAAGAACUGUUUUUCCUACUUCCGCUGGACUAACUCCUUUGUGGAUAUCCCGCCAGAUUUAGACAAGCUGCCCCCAACACGCUGUCAGUAAAACUGAGAGAAAACAUCUCACAGACUGCUGUCUCAAAAAAAACUCAAACAUUUUGUGGCACAGAAAAUUUUCCGAUAUCUACAAUUUUCUACAGUUAUAGAAACAUGUUCGUAGCUUAUUGUGAAUCCCAUUUUUCAGAAACGCUCCCGUUUUACUUGUCUAAACGAACGAGGAGAUAUAAAACCCUUCUGUGUGGUUGUACUGGAGUAAUUGAGCUCUAGUCCGUAUAGAGAGGAGAGAUAUACAGCGUGAAGAUGGUAGGUGAGCAAGGCCAGGCUCUCCCUUAACCCGCCUGACGGACAUAAAACACAUGCCUUAAGAGGAAAGCUCUUGAGACACUGUGUCCAAACUUUCCUUUCGUUCACGGACGGCUCUACAACCCUCUCGUCAAGAUAAGACUCCGUCAGUGACGACAAACUGACAGGAGAAUCGGACGAUAGUUUCUUUGUUGACUCAAAUCUUGACAGGAAACCCUAUUCAUGUGUACUUGUCGUUUUUGUUCAUGUUACGUAAAAAAAGCUGUAAAGUUUUUAUGUACAGGAGAGUUGACUUAUAUAAAAAUGGCAGUCUAGUGACGAUAUUUAAGAAAUGCAGUAAGGCUGUGUAGGGAAUAAAAAGAUUUUCUCGUUCUAA